AUGACUACCAUAUCAGAACGCUACGAUGCGUUGCUUCAAUGGGUAGAGAAGGACGGUGGCAGCCUCAACCCCUCCAUUGAAAUCUAUCACGACGAUAUCACUAAAGGAUCUUUUCGUGUAAAAGACUCGUGCGUAAUAAACGCUGAGGAUUCCAUCGUCACUCUUCCACUUUCCAAAUCUCUGUCUUAUCUUGAUGCGAUUCAUGGUCAUCUGGACAAUGCUUCCUCCUCCUCAGACACUCCGCCCCAUGAGGGCAACACUCAUUUUCCCACUGAAUUUCUAAAUGAAAUACCGCCUCAUGUAGUCGGUCGAUUCUUCCUCAUGCAGGAAUACCUUCUGGGGCCUAGUUCCAAGUGGUGGCCUUACAUCCGAACACUACCUCAACCUGAACACAUGAGUAACAUUCUUCCGGUAAUGUGGCCGUCGGAUGACGUCGAAUUUCUCAGGGGAACCAAUGCCUAUGCCGCCAUUCAAGACAUUAAAUCGACCUUGAAGAAAGAAUACAAGCAGGCCAUGAGACUACUGCCGGAAAAAUAUCAUUUAGAAUAUACUCGGCCACUAUAUCAUUGGGCCUACAGUAUUUUCACUAGCCGUAGUUUUCGUCCGUCGCUCAUCUUUCCGGCCGAAAAUUCAUCAACACUUCCCUGCGAGCUGGACGACUUUUCGGUCCUUCUGCCUUUGUACGAUAUUGGAAAUCACUCGCCACUGGCGAAGAUUGCAUGGACCACUGAUGAUCAAGCUCAGGUGUGCACGCUUAAGUCGAGGCAGACGUACGCAGCUGGAGAACAAGUAUUCAACAACUAUGGUAUGAAGACCAAUGUCGAAUUGCUUCUAGGCUAUGGCUUUAUACUUCCAGAGGAAGACCAUCUCCAUAAUGAUUACAUCCACAUCAGAACCAGGGCAGACCCAGAUGCCGGGGACCUAGCAGCCACACAUGUUGUGUCACUAAGGCCCAUGGUACACCAGAGCUCCUUUGUGGGACGAUCAAAGCUCUUGAGCGCAGAAUCCAUGACCUGUUUGCCUUGCUUUGCGCACAUUCAAGACACCCUCAUUGUUGCCCUCUACGAGACGAUCACGAAAGGGGGAGACGAAACAAAUGACGUCAGCUUGAACGAGAUUAUGCGAGGCGAGAUUCCAGGUGAAGUCCUCUCGAAAAUCAUUAAUGCGCUAGGUUCGAAGUUGAGCAUCGAUCUAGACGAUUUAGAGACGAAUGAACCAGAAUACGAGGCUGCGAACCACAACCAGGAGCUCGCUACGUGUUACCGCGAUCAAUGUAGGUAUGUGUUGGAAAGUGCGCUUCGUAGUCUGUUAGCCGGGGCAGGUUGAGUUGUCUCGCAGAUGCAGGCAUGGGUUUUAUACAGAUGCUCAAAUCGAUGAAUUUCAAUCUUAAACUCCAAACUAAGGGUAUCAAAAUGCAGUCUGCCGCCGACGCCAAUAUUACUAGAACACACCUCCCCCCUUUUUUGGGCUUCUGGCAUUUUCAACGUUUGAGGAUAUGCCCAAUCCUCCUAGUCCGUCCGUUCCUCAACGCUGUUCUGCCUUCGCCAUCUUAGGUAUCGAAACAUUAAUGAUUGCGCAUACUAUUUGCCUUCGGCUGCCACUCUUCGAACAC